AUGUUGAAAGCUAUCGUUCGUAAUCAGUCUAGCCGCUUGGGUACACCAGCUUUUGCGCGGUUAGCGACACCAUCACUUACAGCCGUCCGAUUUGCAACAGCCACCACCACCCCAGCGAUAAAACAGCCCACCCCUUCUCCGCAAGAUGGAAAAAGCCAAGAGGAAAUCAACAAGAAUCUCCCCGUUGAUCUGAUCAACGUUGAAACUCCCAAUUUUGAACCGGGCACUCGUGGAUUUUUCGAUAUCAAGACUCGAGUUUACAAUAACCAAGGAAUCAUGGAAAACGACGACGACAAGUUUUUAACCAAGGCUGAGUACAAUCACGUUGAGUACACGGAGGCUGGCCUUCAUCGUGUCAAGGUUUCACACAGAACCCCUGAAACUCUUGGAGAUAAGGUGUGUUGGAACUUGACCAUGACAUGUCGUAGGAUAUUUGACUUUGUCACUGGGUUCCAUGAGCCGGUUACUGGUGAACCAGGGGAGUUCUUGGGCACAAGAUACCAGAUGACCGAGGGUAAGUGGAUGACGAGGGUUAUUUUCCUUGAGUCCAUUGCUGCAAUCCCAGGAAAUGUUGCGCUGAUGCUUCGUGCCUUGAGAUCAUGCAGACUCCUCAAGAGAGACAAGGCCUGGAUAGAAUCACUUAGAGAUGAAGGUAUGUUUUUCUUUUGAAAGAAUUAUUGGAAAAUAGAGCUCAUGGUUGUUUGUCAUUUUACUAACUUGUUUUUUUUUUUUCUUUAUUUUAGCUGAAAAUGAGAGAAUGCACUUGCUUACUUUCAUCAAGAUUGGAAAGCCAAGUUGGUUCACAAGAAGUAUCAUGUACGUUGGCCAAGGUAUCUUUACCAAUGCCUUUUUCCUCAUUUACUUGAUCAACCCCAGGUACUGUCACAGAUUCGUUGGAACUUUGGAAGAAGAAGCUGUGAAAACUUAUACUCUCUUGCUAAAGCAAAUGAAGGAAACCGAUGAGCUUCCAUUGUUUGACAAUAUGAUCAUUCCUACCGUUGCUGUUGACUACUGGCCCGGUUUAGCUCCAGAGUCUAGCUUCUAUCAGCUUAUUUUGCAAAUCAGAGCCGACGAAUCCAAGCAUCGUGAAAUCAACCACACUUUGGCCAACUUGGACUACGACAAUGACAGGAAUCCGUUUGCCUUGCAAAUUAAAGGUGUCGACAAACCCCAACCCAACAUGGGUUUGGAUGUGGUGAGACCUAACGGAUGGGCAAGAAAAGAUUUGAUUUUGUAG